AUGACUUCGUCGAUUAUCACGUGGCUCUUCGUGCUCCUGCAUCUGUUCGCGAACGUUCGCGGAUGGAUGUUCCUGUCUUCGAGCAGCGGCAAUUACAACGACGACGUGUUCGCGUCGGUCGAACCGGCUCUCAUAUUUCCAGGUACAAAAUGGUGCGGCGACGGGAACGUCGCGAGCGGUCCGGACGAUCUGGGCGAGUUCAAGAUGACCGACGCGUGUUGCCGCGAACACGAUAACUGCAAGGAUGUGCUCGAGGCGGCGGAGACGAAGCACAAUCUGACCAAUACCGCUUUUUACACUAGGGUGCACUGUUCGUGCGACGAGAGGUUCUACGAUUGUCUCCAUAACUCGGAGGAGUUCGCUAGCACGAAGGUCGGCCUCAUCUACUUCAGCGUGUUAAACACGAAGUGCUUCCGCAAAGACCACCCCAUCAUCGGCUGCAAACGGCAUUCGCUAACUCCUCGGCGUUGUUUGGAGUACGAGCUGGACCAGAGCCAACCGAAGAUAUACCAGUGGUUCGACGUGCCCCCGUACCAAAUCAGCCGCUUGAUGUCAACGAGGAGUCUUCGAUCGUUCGAUCACGGCGCUUUGUCGACGGAUGACCGAUAGGGAUCCAUCUCGCGUGCGGGAGGAAGAUCCCUACACUCGGAAGGGAAACUCGUCAUACGCGCGCACAAUCGUUGUGCGAAAUUUCCAAUUUCGACCGU